AUGGCAGAAGGAGCUAUAAUCAGUGUUGUGGCCUCCAUCAUCAGACUGCUUGGUACUCCAACAUUUAAAGAGCUCGGAAACUUUUGGGGUCAUAAAAAGAAGUUUGAGAAGCUUGAGAAAACAAUGAGCUUACUGGAAGCAGUAAUCCAUGACGCAGAGGCAAAGCAGGUCGAUAGCCAUCAAAUCAAACACUGGCUUCAGAGGCUUGAAGAUGCAGUUUAUGAUGUUGACAACUUGUUGGACGAGUUUCAGACUGAAGCUUUAAGGCGUCAAGUGAUGUCUGGGAAUGAAACCACCACAAAGGUACGCACUUUCUUCUCAAACUCAAACCCGAUUGCUUUUCAAGUAAAGAUGGGUCUUAAGUUAAGAAAGGUUAGGAAGACACUUAAAGUUAUUAAGGAUGAUAGCAUCUUUGGUACAUUGAUACAACAAGUCCACCUAGAGCCACAUACUGAGCAUGCCAAUAACAGAGAGACUCACUCUUUUGUACGUGAUGAAGAAGUAGUUGGGAGGGAUGACGAUAAAAAGAAAAUUAUUGAUCUUUUGUUGUGUUCUGAUUCUCGAGAUAAGGAUAAUCCUUCAUUCCUUCCCAUAGUUGGUAUUGGUGGACUAGGAAAAACCACACUUGCUCAGUUUGUUUACAAUGAUAAGAAUGUUGAGAAAUAUUUUCACCUCAGAAUGUGGGUUUGCUUAUUUGGUUCGUUUGAACUGAAAAUAAUUCUUGAGAAAAUGAUUAAAUCGACAAAGAAAAGAGCUUCUGUUGAACAAGGCCUUGACCUGGAUCAGUUGCAUGGUUCUGUAGAACAAGGCCCUGACGUAGAUCAGCUGCUGGUUUCUGUAAGACAAGGCCUUGACUUAGAUCAGUUGCAAAACUCUCUUCGCCAAGCAAUAAAUGGAAAAAGAUAUCUUCUUGUAUUAGAUGAUGUGUGGAAUGAAGAUAGGGAAAAAUGGCUUAAACUAAGAACCUUGCUAAUGGAUGGUUCACGUGGUAGUGCAGUAUUAAUAACCACCCGCAACAUGGACAUUGCCCAAAUGAUGCAGACCAUUAAGCCGCAUGAGUUACAAGGUCUAGACCCAAACAAGUCUUGGUCUUUGUUUAGGAAAGUGGCAUUCGAGAGAGGACAAGAACCUCAUAACUCAAACAUUGUAAGAAUAGGAAAGGAGAUUGUGGAAAUGUGCAAAGGAGUUCCUAUUGCCAUAAGGACGAUCGGAAGUAUAUUGUAUGGCAAUAAUCUAGAGAGAGACUGGGAGUCCUUCAAGAAUGAUAAACUUGCAAAGUUAUCUCAACACGAAAAUGAUCUUUUACCCACACUCCGAUUAAGUUAUGAUUGUCUUGCCUCUCAUUUGAAGCAUUGUUUUGCUUAUUGUAGAUUGUUUCCAAAAAAUCAUGUCAUUGAUGUGCAAAAGCUGAUAAAACUCUGGAUGGCACAAGGUUUUGUUAAGUCCCCUAACCAAAACAAAUGUCUAGAAGAUACUGGUUAUGGUUAUUUUGUAGAUUUACUUGGGAGAUCUUUUUUUCAAGAGGUUGAGAAAGAUGACUGGGGUACCAUAAAGUAUUGUAAAAUGCAUGAGCUUUUGCAUGAUCUUGCAAUUUCAGUGGCAGGGGAACAUAGCAUCAUAAUAGACAAGUAUCCAGAGAAUGAAAAUUUUCAUGAGAAGAUUCGUCAUAUAUCUUUUAAUAUUAUAUCCAAGUGGAAGUCAUCAAAAAUCCCAGUGUCCUUUUUCGAAGAAAAGAAGCUGGUACGUACCUUUCUUCUAAUAAGACAAGAACUACCAAUGGCAGAAAAUUUUAGUGAAAAGAGCUGUGAAGCAAUUUUAUCCAACUUAAAGCGUAUGCGGGCAUUGGGUUUGGAGGAUAUGUAUAUGGGGGUAUUACCAAACAGUUUUGACCAAGUAAAACACUUGAGAUACAUUGAUCUUUCAUCUAAUAGGAUGAAGAAGCUACCAAAUUCUAUAACCGGACUGCAUAAUUUGCAAACAUUGAUUCUCACUAAUUGUUCAUACCUAUUGAGCUUGCCUGGAGAUUUGAAAUAUAUGAUCAACUUAAGGCAUCUUUUGAUAGAUGGAUGUAAGAAGUUGACUCAUAUGCCUAGUGGACUUGGUGAAUUAACUUCUCUUAUCACAUUAGAUCGUUUUGUCAUAGCAGACAACAAUUCAAAGUCGAAAGAUGCUGCAGGGUUUGCUGAAUUGAGACGCCUAAACAACUUGAGUGGACAAUUAACCAUUGAGAAGUUGAGCCAUAAUCUGCAGGGAGAUGCAGCAAAAUCAGAGGCUGCAAAUUUAAAGGAGAAGCAACAUCUUCAGUCCCUUCAUUUACUGUGGAAUGAUGAUGUACAAGAUGGUGAUUAUGAUGCUAGUGAUAAUGCACAGCAUGAUGAUGCAGAAGGUGGUGAUAUCGCACAGCAUGAUGAAAUCUUGCUGGGAGGCCUUCAGCCACAUCCAAACCUAAAAGCAUUCCGAGUGAUGGGUUAUAUGGGAGUAAACUUUGCAAGUUGGCUUUCUUCACUCAAUAAUCUUGUGUAUUUACAUUUAUCAUCUUGUGAAAAUCUCCAAUACCUCCCAUCCUUGAAUCAGUCCAUGAGUCAUCUCAAGGAACUUAAACUUUUUGCAUUGGCUGCUCUAGAGUAUGUUAAUUUAGAAAGAGAAUAUUCGUGGGCUCCAAGAGAGCCAGUCUUCCCUCGCCUAGAGAUUCUUCAAAUAUGGCGUUGUCCAAAUCUGAAGGGAUGGUGGAAGAGGAGUGGGCCUAUUGGUUUAACACCAACAGCAUCCAUCAUACAUCAAAACCAACCUUUUUUCCCUUGUGUUUCAUCUCUUCAGAUAUUUGACUGCCCUAAUUUAACUUCCAUGCCGCUGUUUCCAAAUGUCCAAUAUUUAUAUCUUUACAAAACUAGCUCUAUACCAUUACAACAAACUGCAAUUUUGAUGAAAGCAGUUGUAUCAUCUUCGUUUACCCCACCACUAGCAUCUACUUCUUCGGAUUCAAUUUUCAAUUCCUCCGCCCCAACCCCUCUCUCCAGAUUGCAAGAGUUGCAUCUUCUACAUACAGACGCCAAUGAAAUUUUGCCCGAGAUAGUCAACCUCUCAUCCUCGUUGCAGAAUCUCAGUGUUGGAUACUACCCCCAUUUGACAUCUUUGCAAAAGGGAAUAGGCAACCUCUCAACACUUGGUAGUCUAGAAAUCUUCAGAUGCCCCAAUUUGGUGACACUUCCUCAAGAGAUGGCCAAUCUCUCAUCUCUUACAAGUCUUCAUAUUGUAAGGUGUGAUAAGUUGGAAUCAAUGCCAGAAAAGAUGCAUCGUCUCAUCUCUUUAAUCAAACUACACAUUUCUGCAUGUCCCAAUUUAAAAUCAUUACCAGAGGGGAUAAGCAAUCUCUCAUCUCUGGGAGAUCUUUCUAUCGUGGCAUGUCAUAAGUUGGUAUCAUUGCCACAAGGGAUGCAUGGCCUCACCUCUUUAAACCGUCUCUACAUUAAAGAAUGUUCCAAUUUAAAAUCAUUGUCAGAAGGAAUAAGCAAUCUCUCAUCACUUACACAUCUUACUCUUGAUGGAUGUCAUAAAUUGGCAUCAUUACCGGAAGGGAUAGGCAAUCUCUCAUCACUCGGACAUCUAACUCUGAGAAGAUGUGAUGAGUUGAAAACAUUGCCACGAGGGCUGCAUGGUCUCACCUCUUUAUAUGAACUAGAUAUUGAACAAUGCUCCAAUAUAGAAUCAUUAUCAGAAGGGAUAGCCAAUCUCUCAUCGCUUACAAAACUUGUUAUUAAAAACUGUCAUAAGUUGGCAUCACUGCCACAAGGGAUGCACGGUCUCACCUCUUUAAGCGAGCUAGAUGUUGGAGGAUGUCCGAGUUUGAAAUCAUUGCCAGAAGGGAUAGGCAAUCUCUCAUCUCUUGAAUAUCUUUAUCUUUCUGGAACAUCACUCCCACAAUGGCUGCAUGAUGUGAUAAGUUGGCAACACUCCCACAAGACCUGCAUCUUCUCACCUCCUUAUACUAUCUAUCCAUCCGCGAAUGCCCUCUCCUAUCACAAACAAUCAAGAAAAAUCGAUACGGCCUCUGCUCUAAGCUUGCUCGUAUCCCCACAGCUUAUCUAG